AUGUACUACAGCGUCCCUGACAUCGACGUCUAUUAUGACAGAAUGCGUCGGUGAAAAGGCUGCACAAUUAACAGGGGGGGUGCGUGGAAUAUAUUAACACUUGGAGCUAGGUUUGCUUUUGGACUGGACGCAUGCAGACAAACAGCGGAUCAUUUGGAAGGAAUUUCACUGAAACGAUGAGCGUGAGCUGGGGCACGGAGCUGUGGGACCAGUUUGAUAACCUGGAGAAGCACACCCACUGGGGCAUUGAGUUUGUGGAACGCUACAGCAAGUUUGUGAAGGAGCGGUCUGAGAUCGAGCUCAGCUAUGCCAAACAGAUCCGGAACCUGUCCAAAAAGUACCAGCCCAAGAAAAACUCCAGAGAGGAAGAAGAGUACAACAGGUACACCUCCUGCCGGGCCUUCCUGAUGACGCUGGGGGAGCUGAACGACUACGCGGGUCAACACGAGGUCAUCGCCGAGAACCUGAGCACACACAUCCUCAGCGAGCUCACGCGCUACAUCCAGGAGCUGAAGGCAGAGAGGAAAUCGCACUUCCACGACGGCCGAAGGGCCCAGCAGCACAUUGAGAACUCCUGGAAGCAGCUAGAAUCGAGUAAGCGGCGUUUCGAGCGGGACUGCAAGGAGGCAGACAGAGCCCAGCAGUACUUUGACAAGAUAGACGCUGACAUCAACGUCACCAAGGCCGAUGUGGAGAAGGCGAGGCAGCAAGCCCAGCUGAAGCACCAGGUGGCCGAGGACAGUAAGAAUGAGUACCUGACAUACUUGCAGAAGUUCAACAAGGAGCAGAAUGAACACUACUACACCCUCAUACCUCACAUCUUCCAGCGGAUCCAGGAGAUGGAGGAGAGGAGAAUAGAGAGGGUUGGAGAGUCCAUGAGGACCUUCUCUGAGGUGGACCGGAAGGUUCUGCCCAUCGUCAGCAAGUGUCUGGACGGCAUGACCAAGGCUGCUGAGUCCAUCGAACCCAAAACGGACACGCGCCAGGUGGUGGAGUCCUACAAGUCGGGGUUUGAGCCCCCAGGUGAUGUUGAGGUGGAGGACUAUGGCGUGGCCAUGCGGAGGACAGUCUCAGAGUCCAGCUACCUCAACAGUCGGGGGGAGGGGGGCAAGCAGAGCCGCCGGAACAGCCGUGGGAAGCUCUGGCCCUUCAUCAGGAGGAACAAGCUCAUGUCUCUGCUAGCCUCGCCCCGGCAGCCCCCUCCCCCCCCUCCAACCUCCCCCUCCCCAGGGGGCGUGGCCAACGGGCCUCCCUCCCCUCAACAGGCCAGGGAGCCCCUCCCCCUCUCCCACCGCCUCAACGAGUUCAUGACCUCUGGAUCCAAGCACAGGAGACAAUGUCUACGCAGCCUGAAGAGAGGGCUGUCUCUGAAGCUGGGUUCAGGACCAGAGGACUGCAGCCACCUGCCUCCGGAGCAGAGGAGGAAGAAGCUGCAGUCAAGGAUUAACGACCUCAACAAGGACAUCCAGAAGGAGCUGGACCAGAGGGACGCGCUGACCAAAAUGCGGGACGUGUACAUGAAGAACCCUCACAUGGGCGACCCCAGCAGCGUCGACUCCCGUCUGGAGGAGGUCACCCAGAACAUCGACAAGCUGCAGCUGGACGCUCGCAAAUACGAGGGCUGGCUGGCGGAGGUGGAGAGCAGGCUGGCUGAGAAGGGGGACCCUCACAGGAGACAGAGUGGGCUGUAUGACUCCCAGGCCACCACCCCUGUCACCAACAACCACGCCCCUGUCAACAGAGAGAGCCCUGAUGGCAGCUACACGGAGGACCACAGCACGGAGCGCCACUUCAAGUCCCGCAGCACCGAGUUCGACGACGACUUUGAUGACGAAGACCCCCUGCCGACCAUUGGCACCUGCAAGUCUCUCUACCCUUUUGAAGGUCAGAAUGAGGGCACCAUCUCCAUGGUGGAGGGAGAGCUGCUGUACGUGAUCGAGGACGACAAGGGCGACGGCUGGACACGCGUGCGCCGCAACGAGGAGGAGGAGGGCUACGUGCCCACGUCCUACAUCAAGGUGUUCUUUGACACCAACGCCAAAGAUCCCUAGCUGCUGGCAUGGUGGAGACAGGGGAACAGCCUUCUGGGUAAACUCUAGUCAGGCAGACCAGAGAGAGAGGAUGGGGGCAAGGCAGACCAAUUCACCACACACACACACACCCACACACACACACACACAAGAAUGACCAGCUCCAUCUCUAGCCACCCUCCUCCUCCAGUGUGCUGUGCUCCUCUCUGACUGGAGACGAGGUGUUGUGUUGUGUGUGUUGCCGUAGUGUGUCGUGUGUGUGUGUGUCUUGAUGGCUGCUCCCUCGUUGUUGUCCUGUACAAGACUCCCUCGGUGGCUUCUGCAGUCCAAGGGUAGUUUUAAACACGCACACGCACACACACACACGCACACACACUUUUGUUAUAAUCCACCAUGGCAAUCUCUAU